UGCAUGCAAAUACAUAUGUUCUGUUCUGCUUCCUUUCAUAAAUGCGCAACUUGUUUAUUUUGGCAUGUCUAACAUUCCUAAACGAGAAAAAGUAGAACUUAUUUUAUUAAGUUCGCAAAAAUUAUGAUGCAUGAUAAACACCAUUAGGAAAGCAUAAAUUUGCAAACUGACUUGCACAGCAUUUUUAAAACUUACCACCGGCAAGGAAUCGAUAUUGGCAAUGGUACAUAAUUGAUCAACAUCUGCUAACAUGUGUAUGAGUGAGUACUUUUAAUAUGUAUGUAUGCAGUGUGUACACAUUUGCAUAUGUACAUACAUACAUUAUCUUAUGUUCUGCUCCCGGCGUCUUCCCAAAAUACUCGUCUGCGAUUUUCCAGAAAAACUGUUUAUUUUCAUUUUCAUGUUAAUUCUUAAAAACCGUUUAUGUACAAUAGGACCUUGCAAACUUCGCGUAAUUCAGUUAAGCAAUAAUCUUGAACAGCUUGCACGCAAAAAAAUCUUCCUCUCAUUAAAUAUGUGUAAUUAAGUAAUUUACCAUGAAUACAUAUAAUCGACUUAUUUAUUUACAUAUGUACCAAUUUAUAUAUAACUUAAGCGCAUACCUAGCUGAACAAUUUGUGAAUUAAUUUGCAAAUUCCUCACAAAGAUUAAUAAAAUUUGACAAAACAAAAUGGACGUGCCUUCUGCUGCGGAAGCCCAAGAAAAAAAACUUUGCUUGGGAUUCAUGCCAUUAAAAACGGCUACCAAAUCAAUCGCCUUGUUCCAAGUUGUGAUAUAUAUCGCUGCCGUGGUUGGCUUCACGGCAAUAAUUGGGCGACAUGGAGGCGAUCUAAUGUUGAAGCCCUCUUCUGACGAUGAAAAUCCUAACGAAUUUGAUGGUGCAUCUCCCACCGGCAAAUUUGAUAUCCGGUCAUGGUCUAGAGAUUUGCAACCACAAGAUGUCACACAUCCGCCUGAAAAAAAUGGUGACGCGAUAAACAAGAAAGCUAAAAAAUCCGAACAAGGCGAAAUUAUCCCAUUUCCGAUGUGGGUAAAUCUUAUAAUAUUUACAAGCAUCAUUAUCACUUUGAUACUGCUGCUCAUGGCGUCUAUAAACUUAUUCAAAGGGGCUCGCGACAAAAUUCAGAGAAAGUGUAAAAUAUGGAUGAUUGUCAACAUCGGUCUCUUUCUCCUCGUCGGUAUCGUAUUUGGCGUGUUAUGCUUUCUUGACGUCGGAACUAUAAUUUUGGGCCUGCUCUUCAUCGCGGAAGUAAUUCAUGGAUAUUUCAUCUUCGUCGUGCAUGCCUUCACGCAGCAGAUAUAAACAUUUUGUAGGCUGAUAAAUAGCCAGAGCUGUUUGCCAGUACAUACUCACUUCCACAAUCGUGGAUUAAUACGAUAUUAGGUCCAAUGACGAAUUAUAAUGACUAGGUUACUGGUCGGGUGAAGUACUAAACUGCAACGUUUGCAUGGCUCGUAGUAAUAAAUUCAGCAUGUUAACUAAUGUACAUUAUAACGAAAUCUUGAGAGAUGCCAACUUUGUGAUUUUUGUUCCCAAAUUUACUCAGAAAAUUGACAAUUUAAAUUCACAAGAUUGUUUAAACCAUUUACUAAAUUAUUGGGACACGACGUACCACGUUGACGUGAGUACGCCCACGAUUUUAGUCGUGCCAUAUAAUUCUUGAGUAUCAGUAAAUUACUUAGAUUUAUUCAUCAUUCAAUUCUCUACAUGUUAUGCUAUCGAUAUAUACAUAUGUAAAUAUGCAUGUUCAUACAUACAUAUGUACAGAGUUACCAAUAAAUAUACUUAUGUAUUUAAUUAACUAUUUAAUAUGUAAUACUUCUCGGCAAAAGAUGGAAAUGAUAAUGUGAUUAAGACCUGUCUCCAGACUGGAAUUGAACAAUUACGACGAGAUAGGUCGUAAUUGUAGCCAGCAUCUGUAAAAUUAAUUAAAAUGUCUAUUAACUAAUACUAAUGUACAUAUUUUGUAUUAUGUGUGUACAAAUUUAGUAAAUUUAUGUAUGUAUCUGAAAUAGAUCCAGAAUUGACUUACUGACAACAAAAGACGCAAGUCCAAACGGAAAGCAGAAUUUUCUAUACAAAUUGAAUCCAAUAAAGGCAUCGAGUUAGGAUUCUAAAUGUUCAGAAAUAAAGUUGUGUAAAUUUAUGUUCAGGAAAUUUCAAACAUUCGAAAAUAAAAUAUUCUGUACCUGAAAUCGUUCCGUAACCUUCACAAA